AUGUUGCUUACUACCGAGCCCACCGAGUCUACCUUUCUCUUCACCUCCGAGUCUGUGGGUGAAGGACACCCUGAUAAAGUCUGUGAUCAAAUCGCAGACGCCAUCCUCGACGCCUGUUUACAACAAGAUCAUUUCUCCAAAGUCGCUAUCGAAGCCGCCGCUCGACCAGGCCUGAUCUUCGUGUUUGGUGUUCUGGACACUCAAGCCCAACUUGACAUUGAAGCAAUUGUCCGUGUGGUUCUCAAGGACAUUGGGUAUGACUGCCCUGAUCAGGAGCUCGACUACAAAACCUGCCAGGUGAUGGACUAUGUGGAGCGACGAACUGCUCCCGAGGUUGCUGCGCCAUCGGUCUUUCUCAGUCCAACAGAUACCGAAGCUGCUGGUGACCAGGGCAUCAUUUUCGGUUAUGCCACGAAUGAAACCCCUCAAUCACUGCCAUUGACCAUCGACUUGUCACACCGUAUAACCCGGCAAAUGAAAACUGCCCGUUUGGACGGGACUCUCCCCUGGUUGCGACCAGAUACCAAAACGCAAGUUACGGUUGAGUACAUCAGACGCAAGAAUGGCGAAACCGCCCCGCUACGGGUGCAUACUGUUGUUCUCACUGCACAGCACACCCAGGAUGUGACGGUCGAGGAGUUGCGCCUGGCAGUCUAUGAGAAAGUUAUCUGCAAGGCCAUUCCCGCGCAGUACCUGGAUGACCAGACCGCUUACUACAUCCAACCCACUGGAGACUUGGGAGUGACUCCGUCAGGGAAGUUUGCCGGUGUCACCGGUCGAAAGAUCGUAGUCGACACGUACGGUGGAUGGGGCGCCCAUGGCGGUGGUGCCUUUUCUGGCAAAGAUUAUCGCCAGGUUGAUCGCUCCGCGGCAUACAUGGCACGAUGGAUUGCGAAAUCAAUUGUCAAUGCCGGUCUCGCAGACCGAUGUCUUAUCCAGCUGUCAUACUCAAUCGGCAUUGCUGAACCCUUGAGUAUCUUCGUCGAGACCUACGGAACAGGCAAGACGACUGAUUUGCAAUUGGAAAAGAUUGUGUCUGAAAACUUUGACAUGCGACCUGCUUCCAUUGCGAAAAAACUGGGGUUGAUGAACCCUAUUUACUACCAGACGUCGAAGAACGGACACUUUACCAACUCACUGUUCCCAUGGGAGAAGCCCAAGGAUCUCGUUCUGUAG